AGCACGCCCAAGGGCUAUGCCGAUCUCGAAGACGAGCCUAUGCCAGAUGUCCGCGCCAAUGCUUCUGCAGACGAAAAGGACGAGGAUGUCGAAGAGAACGAGGCGGCGGAGGAAGAGUCGGGCGACGAUGACGCAGAGGUUGCAGACAAGGACGACGAGGGCGACGAUGACGAUGAAUCAGAAGCUUCUGCAAAGGAGCCAACGCCGCCUCCAGAGCCUGUGAUUCGCCGGAAACGAUUGGGACGCCCUCCCAAGAAUCGACCACCCGACUGGGAUAACAUGGUGACUGUCACAAAGGAAGAGGCCGACACACCACGUCGCAGAGGUCGCGGAGGAUGGAGAGGACGAGGCGGGCGCAAGGGAGGCCCUGCGGCGCCAAAGGCCGAGCAAGUGAUUGAUGCUGAGGGCACGGUGGCCGACAUUGUCGACGACGAAUGCGUCCUCCCCGAGGAUCCAGUGGGCGAGACCAAGGUUGAUAAGCUGGGCAAUCUGCUGGAUGGACGAGACUACCGUUGCCGAACAUUCAAGGUGCUCGGUCGAGGCAACCGGCUCUACAUGUUGUCUACAGAGCCCGCGCGAUGCGUCGGUUUCAGGGACAGCUACCUCUUCUUCACCAAGCACCGCAAGCUGUACAAGAUCAUCGUGGACGACGACGAGAAGCGCGACAUGAUUGAGCGAGAGAUUAUCCCCCACUCGUACAAGGGCCGGUCAAUAGGAAUUGUCACGGCCCGGUCGGUAUUCAGGGAAUUCGGCGCCCGCAUCGUCGUGGGUGGAAAGCGCAUCGUCGACGACUAUGCCGUCACCCUAGCUCGCGAGGAGGGUGCCGUCGAGGGCCAGCUCGCCGACCCAGAAGAUCACUUUAUACCGGGAGAGCCAUACAACAAAAACCAAUAUGUUGCAUGGCACGGAGCCAGUGCGGUGUAUCACACCAAUACGCCUUCUAUACCGGUGCCUAGUGGCAAGGUUGAGUCGAAGAAGCGCAAGGUAAACGUCAAUGACACAAACUGGAUGCUGGAGCAUGCACGAGAAGCAAGUGCAUUUAACGCGGGUAUCAACGCUAUCAGAAAGCUGAAUAACACCGGCGUUUAUGACAUUCACACAAACACCAUGCAGUAUCCAGCCUCCAUGCAGCCAACAGUUGCGCGUAUCGAGCAAAUUUCGCCCCAAGACCAAGCAGCCGCCAAAGCCGAUCCCGCGUUCCCCCCUGUGCCCCUGAAGAUGGCCAGAAACUUUGCAGUCAUCGACACUUACUUUGAGACGCCGGCGGCAGGCGGAGCUCUGGCUGCAGUCGAGAAGUCUGACCCAGCAGAUUUCGUUGCGCAGUUUAACGGGCUGGACGCUGUGUCAGACGACAUCAAAGAUUUACUGCCAGCGGAAUGUCGAGAGGCAUUUGACAAGGCGGUACAAAAGGAGACGGACUGGAGAUCACGAUGGGGACUGGAAGCUACGCACAUGUCGCGGAAGGACCCGAUUAUCGACAAGGCUAUCGUUCCGUAU